ACGGUCACACAGCUCAUGGCGUCUGUCUUUUGCCACCGGAUUUUUGUUUUUCGUUUUUUUACCUACAAUUUUCACCGGUUCGCCUAAUUUUACAACAUUUGGGAGCCUAAGAUGGGCUCCUCCAAAAAGCACAAGAAAAACAAAUCGGAGCGACGCGAGAAAUAUGAAGAAUACAGUCAGCAUCAGGAUCCGGCUCAGCUGCAGCGAGGUCUGAAGCUCAUCCUCAAGGUGGGAUCUAAUGCCACGCCAGAGUACAGUGCCAAUUCACCAAUGGUUGACGGAGGACCGCCCACAGCAGCCGAGGCCAUGAUGUCGCCCGUUCCCGAGGAGCUCCAGGACCACCAGGGCCACCGGGAGCGGCACAAGAAGUCGAAGAAAAAGAAGAAGAAGAAGGAUCGCGAGAAGAAGCACAAGCACCACAAGGAGAAGCGUCACCGGAGCAGGGAUCGCCAUCGGGACGCUGGAUCUGAUGACGAUGUAGUGCCCGGUGCCGACGAUGCUGCCUGCAGUGGUUUCGCCCCACCCUCGGUGGCUCCGCCGGCCGUCGAUCCAGAUUCCAGUCAGGAUGGCUUCAGCUUCAUGGACGACGAUCAGUCACAGCCGCUGCCGGAGAAUAUUCUGUUCUUCGCCGGCAUCACCACGGACAACUCUCCGUCCAACUGUCCGGUGUCCAAGCCCAUUGCACCGCGGAAGCUGGAGGAUAUCCUGAUGGGUUCCUCGCCAAACUCCUCGUCGUUGCAAUCCUCCUCUUUGGGAAUGGUGGGCAGCAGUCCCACCAAGCCACUGCCCGACCUCUUGAUACCUUCUCCCUCAACGCCUGGGGGAGCCAACUCCCUGAAUGCCCUUACACCCAAGGCUCUGGAGGCACCAAAGACCCCUAGCAGUUCCAGUGAGUCGGGAAGGGAACCCCGGAGUUGUGUGCUUAAGCUAAAGCAACAGAAAUCGCCGUUGAACAAGCUGCUGGAGCACCUGCUGCGCUUCCUAGAAAAGCGGGAUCCCCACCAGUUCUUCGCAUGGCCGGUCACCGAUGACAUGGCGCCCGGUUACUCCUCGAUAAUUAGCAAACCCAUGGACUUCUCCACCAUGCGACAGAAGAUCGAUGACCACGAGUAUGCCGCUUUAACCGAGUUCAGUGAUGACUUCAAACUGAUGUGUGAGAAUGCCAUCAAGUACAACCAUGUGGACACGGUUUAUAACAAGGCAGCCAAACGUCUGCUUCAAGUCGGUAUGAAGCACCUGCAACCGGAGAACUUAAUGAGGAGCCUGAAGCCACUUUCGGGGUACAUGAGAGAGCUCACUGCUAAGGAACUUGGCUUUGAAUUGAGUUCUAACGAUAUGUCACGGGAAACUCAUGAUUCGGCGGACGAAGGAGCUUCAACUGGAGCGGAAGAGCCACCCACUCCUGCCCAACUGGAGGAGGAGGAGCGCAAGCGAGUGCGGCGUUUGGAGAAUGCGCCCAAAACCCAUUUCGAGCCUUAUGUAGACGAUUUGACGGGGGAGGAGAUUCUGGCGCAAGUUCAAAAUGCGGCGCAACAGGCCAAGCAGAGGGUCAAUGCCAAGAAAAAUGCGCGAAAGAUGGGUUUCCUGCGUCAAUCGAAGGAUGGCAGUACCACUCUGAAUCUUCUGAUAAAGGAGGAGAACGAGGGUCCCGAAAGGGUAGUAACCAUUGGCGAUCUGGUGGGCAAACUGCAAACGGGAAGCACUCAGCUACAGGUGCGACAGGCUGACAAAAGGAACGCCAUGAAGACAGUGAAGCCCCUAAGCUACGGAGCCUUUGCCAGCUUUGCGCCCACUUUUGAUUCCCGCUUUUCCACUCUGAGUGCCGAGGAAACUCAAUUGGUCUUACGUACGUAUGGUGAUGCCUCCAGUGCGGAAUAUGCUGAGAGUAUUCUUCAGUUCACCAAGGACUCUAGCUAUGGGACAACCAUUGCCAAUGGUUUGCUGGAUAUCCUCACUAACGGCGAACACAGCAAAUCCCUGGAUGAACUCUACAACAUGCAGCUGCAUUCGUACGAGCAACGCGAGAUUUCAAAGUGCUUUGAGCAGGAGAAGGAAACCCCUUGCCCGCAGGAAACCUCAGAACAAAUCGAGCAAGAGUACGAGAAAUACAAAAACACCGCUGUGGAUUUCAAGCGAUUGCAAUCUCUCGGCGAUCUUGGCAUCGAUGUGAGCUUUUUGGACGGCAUAGAGGCGGAAAUGAAGAAUUUCGAGCUCAACCGACGAAUGCACGAGCAUCUCAGUCAAAAUUUGACUCUCAUCGAAAAGCUGCGAGUAACCCAGCACGAUCGUUUGUCACAGCCUUUGCCGAAUCACCUGGGACUGGUGCAGCCCGCUGGUCAGGAGGAGGCCCAAACCGCCCAGCAACUGACGCAGCAGAUCAGUGAACUGGCAAAGAAGCUGCCGCCUUCUGCUAUUGCCGAUCCCUAUGCCUUACGGAAGGCCAUGGGCAUGUCCUAUGCUGGCCUGCCGCCACCUCGGCCGGUUUCUCCACGCGUCCAACUGCCCGAGCUGCUACAACAGCCGGUGGCCCUUCCCCAGUUGCAACCGGUGGCCAUGGAGAUCGACGAGUCCGAUGAGCAGCAUGGCGGUGGAGAUCUGGAGAACGAGCUGCGCGAGUUCCUCGAAAGCGGAUCCGGCCUACACCCUACGAAUCCGGCAGAUGACAACAGCAUCGUCGCCCAGCUGCUGCUGAACUAGGGGAUCGGGAUAUCUCCAUGACGCGUGCUAUGUUUAUAAUGUAAGAUAAUUAAAUUUCUCUAAAUUAUUUUCAUAUAUCCCAUGGCAGUUGCAUUCUAAAUAAAUUGUAAGAUAAUACUAAAA